UGAUUUCAUUGUAUGCAGCUUGCCUAAACAAUAUCCUAAUUUCUCCCUUGUCCUUUCCUUCCCUCCUCCCUCCUCAACAACCAUCACACACACACACAACUUUCAUACUAAAACAUGUAAAUCUAAUACAAAAUUUUCAUUUACAGACAGGUCUAAGCUUAAAGGUGCCAUAACCAUCAAACCCUUAUAUAAAAAGUUAAAUACCCUCACCUCCUCUUCCCUCCUUCCCUCUCUUCUCUCCCCAAAAAAACCUCAAAAAAAAUGGGCAAUGUAGCAAUGUGUGCUCCUUCAAUCAUCGGCUCCAAUGAAGUAAAAAUCCUCUGCAGCGACGGCAGAUUGCUGGUCUACACAAGGUCACCAAUCAAAGCAACGGAAAUCAUGCUCGAGUUUCCCGGGCAGUUCUUGUGCGAGUCCGGUCAGCUGAAAGUCGGGCAGCGAGUGCCCGGCGUUUGCGCGGAGGAAGAGCUGGAGAGCGGGAAGGUCUACUUCCUUCUGCCGAUGGAAAUGCUAUACUCCGUCCUCACCGAUGAAGAGCUCAAGUUUCUGACUAACAAAACAACCAAAGGAAUGAAGCAUGGGGCAGCCUCAAAUUUCUCCAAGAUUUUUCCUGAAUUUAACUGUCUGUUUCCGAGUGGCGCAGACGACAAUGGUGUGGAGGAGUUUGAUGUAGUUGGUGGUGGUGAUUCGCUGCUGCAAGUUGGGAGGUUUUCAAGGCAAAGAUCGUGGCAGCCUGCAUUGGAAACCAUUGUUGAAACCCCGAAUUCUUGAUCAAAAUUAUUUUAUUUUCUUUUUUGGGGUUUUUAUAUUUUAAAAUAUUUUUUUCGUUCUUUUUGUGCCUUUUUACUUGGUUCUGUGAAAUGAUGUAAAAUAUAGAAACAUUAUGAUUUCGAAGAGAAGCAUAGUUUAUCAUUAUAUUAUACGACUAGUCAGGUUAGAAUAAUUAAAUGUAUGUGUAUUAGCUACUUGUAUAUUCGAGUUAACUGCUGGUGUUAAGACUUGAAUAUAAUGUAUGCACAUGAUUAUUAGUAUUAAUAUAUUGUGUGGAAGAUUCUUUC